AUUUUAUUUUGUGUCCUAAUUACGAUCAAAUGUUUUUUUUUGUGACAUCGCCUAAUGUUUACUUCUGUGUUUUCUUUUGAUAGAACGUUUGAUUGAUAUUACGAAUGUAUGUGUGGCUUGGCUAUUUUAUAAACACAUAUGUUUCCAUUUUUCACUACAGUGCAAAGUUUUAAGUUUUUUGAAUGUUAUACAAAGUAAAAAGCUACUCUUCAAUGUCAAGACACAAAUAUAAAUGAAUAACAGCAGAUAGCCCCAGUAGCUGCAACACUAGAAUCGAGUUUCAUAGAUCACUUAUCUCCUAAUAUGACUACUAUGAUGUACCCUACACUGAUGAAGUCUCAAAGUAUGCGCUCAAAACGUAAGUCUGCUGUGGAACUAUUAGCAGAGAGCAAGCCCUUCUAUGUAAAAUCCGAAAUUGUUCGAGACACCACUCAAGCACAACCCGCUAGACCCCCUCCAAGUUUUGCUACAGGAUAUGGUAGCUAUACUCGAUCCAAAUCUGUAAAUGUUACUAGUAAUGUUUUACAAAACAGUAAUAAUUGCAGACCAGCUUGUCUUCCCUAUAUGGCCGUUUCUCCUUCAAGGUCCCUUCCUCCCUUAUCCCAUAGAAGAACAGUUCACACGGCAAACAGCGACAUGCUACAAAAUAAAUUGAGGCAACUGUUAGAUUGUGAUAGUGCUGAGGAAUUGAGUGUGGAACAUAUGGCACCUCUUAGUCCUCCCGCUGAAUACGCACAACGUUGUCAUAAGAGCCUGCCGGACCUGCAUUGUCGUGGAGAGCCAAGCUCUAAUAAGAGCAGCAACAAGAGUCUUUCUAAUCGUGACAGUGGAGGAUCUAGCGGCCACUAUACCCAACGAAGUGAACCUGCGCCACCCCCUAGACAAGAGACGCGUCGUGAUUCAGGUUCGAGUACACAGCAUAGUGGUGGCAGCUCGUACUACUGUUGUCAGGACCAAGAUUGUCGUUUGGCUCGUCAAACGGCGUAUCCUCCAACUACGUCAACAUUCAAACGACAAAAAUGUUUACGUUACAAGAAAGAUCGACCGAUUUUGAGGUCCAAAUCGGACAUAAGCGAUCGAUAUUGGCGUCCACCCGACCCGCCCGUUAGUCAUCUAGAACAGUUUUUCGAACAUCUUGGUCUUACAAGCGACAGCUAUGAAGAGAUGCUAAACGAUAGCGGAGCCUCAAGUCCAGUUUUCUUCUCUGAUGUGUCGACAGUAGACUCUAGCCGGCCGAUCGAUAACAACGACUGCUGUCCUGCAACAUAUCGACCUAGUGAACCACCGUCAAUAGUUGAGAGGAACGCGCGAAUCAUUAAAUGGCUGUGCAAUUGUCGUAAAGCAAUGAUGUCAUGAAAAUACAAAAGGAUAAUAAGAGAAAAAACAAAGAGGGUAGUAAGGUACUUCGUUCUUAUUAUUACUCGAUUACACGACGAACGGUCUCCAGUUUUAAGCGAUUUUGUGUCGAAAAGUCUCACAUCGUAUACGAAUACUUUUUAUUAACCAUUUGCCAAAGAAGCUUUAUUAUUCCAAAUUAAAAUCAAAAAUGCCUAUUUAAAAAUUACUUAAAUCAAGCACGGGGUAUUUUAUAAGGUAGAAUUUCUUUGAUACAUUUAAAAAAGUCAGUGUAAAAGUGGGAUACACGUUAAAUAUAAUAAAAACCAAACGUUGGUAAUGUUCACUAUUUAAUUAGUAUCUCUAUUCUAUUACUUCUACUUAUAGAAAUACUAAUAAAAUAGUGAAGAUUAUUUGGUUUUUGUAUACAGUUAGGUUGAUUUUUUUUAGAGAAACAAAUUACAUAUAAAAUAGAACUUUCUAAGCAAUUGUUUAUAAAAAAGUUAUCGUUUGAUGCAAAAUUUAAAUGGAAAGGACAGUGGAAAAUUGUAUGCAAUUUCUUAACAUCGUAGUUGAAUUAAAACUCGAAUUGAUUUUUUUUUUGUUAUGACAAAUGUGUCUAUAAAUAGUUUUGGAUACUAAAUAAUUUUUUGCCGUACAUCGAAAUCGUUAAAUGUGUUAUAUUCAAUUUUGAUCGUUCUUACUGUUGUAAGAAAUUACAUAACGAGAUUAUGAGACCUGUUGAUCUAAACAAAAUAAACUUGACAUUUUUAAUUAAUAUGCGAUACUUUUAAAAGAUGUUUCAAAUCUGGUAUUUAUGAUCAGAUAAUAUUAACGUUUUAAAGUAUUUCCGGUUUGAAAAGUUUUUUUUACUGUAAAAAUGAUUUAAAUCGCAUUUUUCAAACAAUACCUUUCUUAGAAAAGCAUUAUUUUUGAAAGCAAAUCGGAAAACAAAAUACUUUUUCCGAAUAAAAGUUUAUGGAAGUUGAAAUCUCGAUGCUUAAAAAUUCAGUUCUUAUUCAUAGUAAUUAUUUCAGUAUUAAUUUUUUUUUAAUAACAAUUUAUAAAUACAAAAUGCCUAUACUACUACUUAUUUUACUUCAUAUUAAUCCGUAACAAUAUUAAUGUUUACAGGUAACAUUUAACAUGUACUUAACAAUAAACAAGCAUUUAAUUAAUGCUGUGACAUUGUAGCGUAUCCUUUGUGUAAUUGUUCAAUAUAGCUAUAAUAUGGAAAUAAGUACAUAAUUGUUACAUUUUGUUGUCGAAAGACAUAAAAAAAUAUUUCGAAUGUUAAGCUUUUUGUUGAUAAGAAUAUUUUAUGCGAGUGCGUCAAAGCAGGGAAAAUAUUUAUUUCUUUACAUUAAAUCAACAAAGAUAAGAAUCAGUUUCUAAGCUUCAUGAAACACCAAAGAUAAAAAUUAAAGUCUGUGAUUAUUAUAAUUUGAUUGUGAUGAAAAAUGUAAAGAACAUGAUCAUUUUGGUACAUGUUUUUUUGUAUAUUUUGAAUUUUGGUGCUAAAAUUCAUUACAAGACCAUUUUCCUUGCUUUGACUUAUUCUUAUGGGGUAAUCCUAAGGAUUUUGUUACUGAUUAGUACGUUGUUUGUAAAUGUAUUUUUAUGAAUGUUUCAAACAAGUUAUAACUGUAUAU